AUGAAGUAUGCACAGUUAGUGAUGGGACCUGCCGGCAGUGGCAAAUCCACAUAUUGCUCAGUCAUCUAUAAUCACUGCCAAAGUAUAGGCCGCUUUGUACAAGUGGUAAACCUCGAUCCUGCCGCUGAAGCAUUCAACUAUCCCGCAGCUGCUGAUGUGCGCGGGUUAAUCAGCGUCGAUGAUGUAAUGGAGGACAAAGAGUUGGCACUCGGUCCGAAUGGCGCUCUUGUGUUCUGUAUGGAAUAUCUUGUGCAAAAUUUGGAGUGGCUUCACGAUGAGUUAUGCGAGGGCGAAGACGACUAUUUUAUUUUCGACUGCCCAGGACAAAUCGAACUCUACAGUCAUUUACCAAUCAUGCGGCAACUUGUCGAUGCCUUAAGGGCUUGGGACUUCAAUGUGUGUUCAGUCUUUCUGAUUGACACCCACUUCGUACUUGAGGCUGAAAAGUAA